UGUUUCUCUUUUAUUUUUCUACCUAAGGGCAAUUUGUCCCAAACAAACUUCCUCUCCCAACUUCUUCACUUUUAUAUUCUGCUCCACUACUGGCAUUGCUUCUUUCCUUGUCCUAAGCUGCACCAUAAUCCAAAGUUACAAAACAUGCCUGUCCUUACCUCUUCUUCUCCUUCUUUUACAUCCAUUUCUUUGUCCAUUUUCUUGCUGCUCAUUCUGAACAACACUACUGUCAUUUGUUCAGCUACAACCAGGACCAAUACGACUCGCCCAAACCGCCAACUCUCUGUUAAUUACUAUGCCAAAUCAUGUCCUCAAGUUGAGCAGCUCAUCGGCUCCAUCACAUCCCAACAGUUCAAAGAAUCACCUGUUUCCGGCCCGGCAACCAUUCGCCUUUUCUUCCAUGACUGCUUUGUUGAAGGUUGUGAUGCAUCGAUAAUCAUAAGCUCAAAGCAGCAGGGGAACAAAAUGUUGGCAGAGAAGGAUGCACCUGAUAACAAGGACCUUAGAGAAGAAGGCUUUGAAAGUGUGAGGAAAGCCAAAGCUGUUGUGGAGAGCAAGUGUCCUGGUGUUGUGUCUUGUGCAGACAUACUUGCAAUUUCAGCCAGAGAUUAUGUCCACUUGGCAGGGGGUCCAUACUAUCAAGUUAAGAAAGGGAGGUGGGAUGGGAAAAUAUCAAUGGCCUCAAAAGUGGCCUCAAAUAUUCCCCAAGCAAAUUUCACGGUGGAUCAGCUACUCAUACUCUUCAGUUCAAAAGGCCUAACACUUGAAGACCUGGUUGUUCUUUCUGGUGCACAUACGUUUGGCUUUGCUCAUUGCCAGAACUUUGUUAGCAGGCUCUAUGACUACAGGGGAUCCAAGAACCCCGACCCGAUUAUUGACCCGAGACUCCUAAGUGCCCUAAGAAUGUCAUGCCCACAUUAUGGUGGAAAUGCUGACAUUGUUGCACCAUUUGAUGUCACUACACCGUUUGUGUUUGACCAUGCCUAUUAUGGGAACCUAGAGGCUAAGUUGGGCUUGCUAGCAUCAGACCAAGCUUUAUCUUUGGACCCAAGAACCAAGCCGAUUGUCCAGGCUUUGGCAAAAGAUAAGCAAAAGUUCUUUCAAGCUUUUGGUGCAGCAAUGGAGAAAAUGGGCUCAAUAGGUGUGAAAAGAGGAAGAAAACAUGGGGAGAAAAGGAAAGACUGUAGUAUGCAUAUGUUAUGAUAAUUUUUUUGUUCUUUUUCAUUCCUUGUGGUGGGUUAGUUUAGACAUUUUCCCUGUCCUAGUUCAUUCUUGGGUACCCUUUGGAUCGGCU